UCUACGAAAAGAGCCGAAGAUGUCGGCUUGGUCAUGUGAUCAGCUGUGUCUAAUCACAGCUGCUCACUGAUCAUCAGGGCGGCCCCAGAAGUGCCACAUGUCAGUGUCCAUCAGUGCCACAUAUCAGUGCCUACCAGUGCACAUCAAUGCCACAUAUCAGUGCCCAUCUGAGCUGCCUUUCAGUGUCACCCAUCAGUGCCACCUAUCAAUGCCAAUCAGUGCUGCCUGUCAGUGCCGCCUAUCAAUGCCAUAUAUCAGUGCUGCUUUUCAGUGCCACCUACCAGUGCCUCAUCAGUGCCCAUCACUGCAGCCUCAUUAGCGCACAUCAGUGAAGGAGAAAAAUCACUUAUUUACAAAAUUUUACAA